UUUGAUAUUAUUGAAACUGCUGAGCUUGAAGCCUCAAUUGCGCCUGUCUGGGAGACUUUUGAAAAUGAUUCUAUAAAUUUGAUAGGGCGAUCCAAAUAUACGAAUUUCUUAUCCAUAUACGGGGCCUGGUGUAGCGCAUCAUCGGAAUAUGCACAGAACCGGAGGUGUGUCCCGCGCCCAUUGCCGCCGAACAACUUGGUGUCGAUGGAGAUUCACCUCUAUGACUGUGACGUUAUUGCACAUUUGUAUGGUGGAGAGGAUUUCAUUCACUUUGAUGUGCCUCAAAGCUACCUCCACACCAUACAGCGCUUUGGUAACAUGGAGGAGGAGGUGCAGGAGCCCUCCGUGCUGUGGAGUGGGAUGGACUCAGACGUGGAGCUUCACCAGGGAAGACGCGAGGGACGACGAAGCGGAUUCCUUGGCGUUGGGCGAAGACAGGACGAGUACGUUGUUGGCCGCUUCACUGGUAUCCGACUUCAAGUGGAUUUGUUUGUUCCCGGAAAGGCGAACUUAUUGCAGGUGUAUUUGUCCGUGCGGGAUGGAGAAGUGGUGGAUUGCAUCGAGAAGAGUUCUGUGCGCACGCUAUUUAUGGCAUCCCUUCCGCCAUCUCUACGUGACCAUGAUGGCGAUUUGUUUGAGAUGAAGUGGACGACAGUUGUACCGCGGUCUUCUUCAAUGAAUGCCGGGAUGGUUGUUGUAGGGAAACCGGAGGAGCAGCUUAUUGUGCGGUUGCAGCCAGUCACUGUUGCCGUGCACCGACGUGCCAUGAAUUUGUUGUCCAAAUUUAUCGAAGACCCGGAGACUCUUUCCAACGAAAGUAUUGCUUCGGAUGACGUGCAGUCUCAGACGCUUUUCUUCAGUAAGAUUGUCGUAUUUCCAGUGCAACUGAUACUCUACGUCUAUUUUGAGGGCCACGACACCUCUCGAGCCACUCGUAUGGAUAUGUUUGAACUCUGCAACUUUCUUUUGCCUUCUAUUGAGCGGGCGCAGAUCAAGGUGCCGCUUAUCCUUGUCACGGCAUGCCCUCUCCACCGUGUCGGGGACCGCAUUUUAGACCUUAUGCGGGAACAGAUACUCAAUUUUCAUGGUCUUUUCAUGCUUCUUUGCGGGGUGCAGCCGCUGCAGUUGGCGUCAAACGUUGGGACGGCAGGCGUGGAGAUUCUUUUUGCUCCUCUCAAUGAAUAUCGUCGCAACAGACGUUUUUUCUCUGCCCUUUCCGCCGCUCUUCGCAAAUUUCUCUUUACACUUGUCUCUCAAUCACUCAACAGCGCGGUGGCGGUUUCGCGACGGGCACAUAACACGACCUCCUCCGUGAUUACUUCCGUGUUGCCAGUGAGUGAAUUGUCGCCCGUGUCGCGUGGGUCGCAGCCGGUGAGUCUUUUGGAGGGUUUGAAGCGUGGCUUUGCGGAGCUUCUUCAAGGACUUCGCUUGGCCUCUAACGUUGCCGCGUAUUGCUUGGGGCCACACGGAAGUCCUAUGCGUUUACCGCUGGCGGCUUCACUGGUUUUUGAUGGAUUUAUGCGUGGGGCACUUGAGGUGAUGUGCGGGAUACGCAACGUGGUUGCCCCGGAAUUAUAUGGGCAGGAGAAAAAAAUUUUCAAGGGAAAACGGCGGAAGAUAACUUGA